UCAAAGAGCGGACAUCAUAAUUGAUGUAUCUGUAAUAGCUCUAUGAUAUUGAUGUAUACUCUUGAAGGAGCGGAGGGCAAGGAGCUGAUUUGAUUGCGAAAAAUAUCAUGGCCACCGCAAACUCCCGCGUUGACUCCUGGGGAUAUGUGAUUGUUUUGAGCAAGUUCGUUAUCCUUUUUAUUGAUACCGGAAUAGAGAAGUCGUUUGGCGUUCUGAUUCCCACCUUAGUUGAGCGCCUGGAGUCCGACUAUGCAACGAUUGGGUUCAUAUGCAGUAUGCAUUCAACGAUGAUGUAUCUUGCUUGUCCUUUUGUAACGCUCGCUCUUCGUAGAGUCAGUCAUCGCCCUGUUGCUAUGUCUGGCGGCCUGUUGUCAGCGUUGUGUUUUAUUGCCUGUGCUUUCUUGAAAACCACAGCUACUGUCGGCAUCUGUCUCGCCCUCUCAGGUGUUGGAAUGGCAAUGACGUACUUGCCUACAGUCCUUGCACUGAAUGAUUACUUUAAAGACAAUUUUGUUUUAUGGAGUACAGUUGCGGCAUAUGGCUACAUAUCAGGGUCAUUGCUGCUCCCUAUCUUAACUGAAAGGUCACUUCCGGCGUACGGAUACCAGGGGGAAUUCAUCAUCUUUGGCGGUGUAGCUCUUCACCUUCUCGUUUGUGGAGCAACGCUUCGGAAGGCGACCGAUAGGUCUGUAAAUGGCACGAGUGAAGGCGGAGGUUGCGAUCAAGAGGAGAAGAGACAUAGGUGUGGUUCCGUAGAACGUCCAUCACUGAACAGGGAGGUUAUGCUUCAUCAACUGGAUGAGAAAGGUGAGGAAGAGGACGUCUCUCUGUUAGAGUGGGUGGACAAGGAACAAGAGAAUGAGAAUUGGAAAGAGACAUUACUAGAGAAAAGGCGUUUGAUUCAACAGGAGACCAACUUUCAAAGAAACCAGAAAACAUUACCGAAUGACUCUCUGGGAAAUUGUGGAAUUCUUACGGAAUGGACCUUUUUUAUAUCACUCGCGACUCUAUUCUUGUUUUCUUACGCAACUUACUCAUGGAUGUUGUUUUUGGUACCCCAUGCUGAACAUCUAGGUAUUUCUCCUUCCAACGCCGUUUACCUCUCUACUUUAGGUGGAUUAGGUGGCAUACUCGGUCGAACUAUCUUGAUCACCCUCAUCAGCAAAGGAGUCAGUGACCUGUCCGUGUACAUCGUGGUAGGUUCAAUCUGCUCGGGGUCUUUCUUCUUGGAUUUCAUCAGUUCUGCUUAUCCUGUCCGCGCUACCCUGGCAUUUAUCCAAGGGUUUUCCUUCUUUAUCGAGGAUUCUGCGUUAACCAGUCUAAGUAAAUCAGCGAUUUUCCAUGAGAAUAAUUUCGACAUGGCCGUGGCGAUUGCCAACUUCACGAGUGGGCUAGGCAUAUCCUGUGCCGGAAUAUUCACAGGUUAUCUGAUUGAUGUUACCGAGUCAUUCACGAAGGUCUUCAUCAUCAUCGGUGCCAUACACGCCAUUGCGGUCAUCAAUCUCAUAAUCGUAUGCUUUCUUAUCAAAAGACGACGGAAGCACUUUCAAACAAAAUAGUGUUUGUGUCAACACUCAACUGUGUGCUUUUAACAUUCCAGUGUGCUUUAACAUUCCAGACGAGCAGACUAGCAAGGCGAAUGUGUGUUAUUGUUCUAUGUUAGCUUUAUAUUUUGAAAUGUGUAAUAUACAGCUAGUGCGUCCCACAAAAAAAAAGAAACCCGUUUUAAAUAGGUCUAUGUUUUUACUAUAAAUUGAUACUCAUCACAAGAGUGGAAUCUCAUAUCGAAUUUGAAACCAACAGCUUAACAAAUCGUCACGCAAGGCAGAUGACAAACAAUGAAUAUUGAGGCUUAUCCCCCCCCCCCCGGGGGUACUUUCAUUGACGAGUGGAUAUCAUGCGCGACCAUGGAGUCUCAAAAGGCACCCUAAACAUGCUAAAGUAUUUUCCAUAUUCUGAAAAUGCACCCCUUUAGUACUGUCAUGUAACACCCUACCCUUAACAAGUAUUGGAAACAAAACGAUACCCUUGCAAGUAUUCCCUGAACUGAACCCCUAAACAAUUAAGUACAGCGAUAUAUUUAAGUAUUAUGUCACAGACGUGGGUCGUCGGUUUUAUCUUUUCCGACAUCAUUGGGUUUAGUACGGCCCCACCUCCCACACGACUCUAAACACGUAGUGUUGACUGUUGGGGCAAAAAGUACAUCCUCGAUAAAAAAUUUUAGUCUUUUUUUUAUACCGUCGCAAAUUUGACCCUAAACAUCUAGUGAAAUAAAUACCAUAUUUUCAUUAUUUUAGUGUUUUUGACACGUACGUAACUUUAACGUGCCCUAUGUAAAAAAGACAUUUUUACGUGUUUCUUUUUUGGUCGCGCAUGGUAUCCACUCGUCAAUGUAAGUGCCCCCCCCCCCCCCCCAGGGGGCAUCAGAAACGAUUUGCGCAGAAUCUCACGUGUGCAUCUGAAUCCACUCUCAUUUUAGGGAUCAGUGAGAGAAUCUUAAAAAUGCUAAUGAGCCAAUCGUUGAAUAAGCACGGUCGUCGUAUCUCGAACAAAUCUUGUCCAAUUUUUCUGCGCAACCUGGUUUUGACAUUAAAUUUCAAACUCGCCAUGUUCAUUAAUGCGUGAAGUGUUGGUAUCAUGUUAGGUAUCAAAGUAAAGAAGAAUAAUUUAAUUAUAUGAUUAUGUAAUAAAAUAUAAUUUAUUUGCCUUUGAAAAGAGACAUGGGAAUCCCAGUUUCCUUUUUUUUCUUGGACACACUGUAUAUCAAUUUUUAAGUGGAUUAAAUUUUGGGAUUAACCUUGACAGAGCAAUGGCAUUUUGUUUAUCCCCCAAAGUAAAUAGGAAUAAUUUAAUUAUAUGAUUAUAUAAUAAAAUAAAAUUUAUUUGCCUUUGAAGAAAAAAGACAUGGGAAUCCCAGUUUCCUUU